AGUCAUCGUUCGAAGGAGCAACAGUGUGUAUUAAAACCAAAAUCCAGUAAAAAGUUUGCGUCGGGACCUGAACUCGUUCAGUGCCUGGAUAUCUGCCGUCACGCUGAAAACUGUUUUUCUUUGCGUACCAAACGCUAUGUAUCCAUUGUUCUGUUGAAGUUAUCAAGAAAAUUUGUGCAGGAAAAAUAUUCUUUUUGUAUGUUCAGUUCAAGUGAUGAAAUUUUACUGUUGCGUUUAAAUAUAACUGUAAAUACAAAACAGGCCAGUUCACAGUACAAGAACGGUGCAAAAUUUGUUUGUCAGCUUUUCCGUAAUAGUGCAACAUAAUCAUAGUAUUGAAUUGCAAGAAUACGCAAACAAAAGAAAGUUGAAUGAAGAAUAACAACUUUUGUGAAAAGAGCAACGCAUUUCAAAAGCUGUUUUUGUAAUAAUAUAAAAUUGUCAGGUGCGGCAACGUGCACCUCUAUAGAGUUAAAUUGUUAGUGUAGUUUUCUGUGAAAAGAAACAGGGAAGGUUUCGUUGCCCUUUAAUACUGUGCACAUAUCUUAUGACGCAUAAGCAACAAGUUUCUCAAGCAAAGUAUAUUCAUUGAUCAAUUACAUUAAAUAAGUUCGACAUGCCUAUACACAAGUGAAGAAUAUAUUGCAAUCAUCAGCAUCCCAGGAAAGGGCCUGAACGCGAUAACCGAGGGCGAUAGCAGAUUAUGCGAAAAAAAUCAUUAGAGAUAUCUUAUGAGUAUUAAAGUGAUGGUGCUUUUUCCAAUAAGGAUAACAUCGAAGCAAACUUAUUCGAGAGAGUGUAAAGGAAUAGCCAUUAUCCUUCAGCAGAAGCUAAAAUAUAUACAUAUAGUUCAUAGUCUCUCUGUGGGAGCCACAAAUUUACUGAAAACCACCCCAGAGCUGUUCUAUAGAGAAGAGUGAGGUUAUUUUCGGAACACCUUUCGAAAAUAAAGCGUGCAGAAAAUAGAAGCAGAAAAAAUCAACUACGAUUACGGCCGUCAACCGCUCUUAAUUGCCUUGUGGUGUUGAAAUACAAAAAGGAGAAAACUGCCGAGAGUAAUAGUGAAGCUCUCAUUAGCCGCAUAGUGGCCGACGACAUGGCAAGUGGUCGAGCUCGUUUACCGCCGACUCCGCAAACCAGCAAUGGCAGUAAUACUAGUAACGUUAGCGCAAGUAGCUCGCGACCACUAGCCGAAAUGCAGACCAAUAACAACACGUACGCUCUUGGUGGCGAUCGGUCCAGCUCCGUUGAAGACGUGGCCGCUUCUCAGAUGCUGGAAAAUCUUACGGACCAUGAGCGUCAGAUCAUUCUGAACGUACUCAACCGGGAUGAAAACGUGCGCCAAGCGGAUGCAGCACGACUCAUGCUCCUCCGGGCAGAAUUGUUCCAUUUGCGGAAGAAAGGCAACGUGAAGUCCUUGGUCGGUGGCUCCCUAGAUCGGCCAAACUAUAUCGAAACGACCCGUUCCUGCUCGCGCUGUGGUGUCGAGCUGGGCAGGAUAAUCAACAGGGGAGCACCGUGUCGUUCCUGCCGACUGCGAGUGUGCAAGGGGUGCCGCGAGUUUUCCACGCGUACCACUGACUGGGUUUGCGUUGUGUGUCACAAGCAAAUAGAACUGCAAGCAGCAAGCGAAGAUUGGAUGAGCGAUUACGCAGAUAACGACGUACGCCGUACCUCGGUCAUCGCGGCGAAGGAUUAUCUGCCCGCAUCGGACCUGAUCAAAAAGAGCAUCCGGCGUUCUUGGACAAUAUCAAAUGCGGAGGAUGAAAAUCGUCAAGCCGGACAAGAGGCAAAUCCACAGCAAUAUACACAUUUACCUCGUAAGCAAUCGCAGAGCAGUUACCCAUCGUUGGUGAGGUAUCCGUACAUAAACCCCUGCAGUAUGGCUGAUUACACACAAGAAGACGAAUUCGAUAAUGAACUACAGCCCCCGGUGGGCCGCCGGAUACCACGACAAUCAACACUACCCAAUCCAGAUGCCGGCAUGUACUACGGUAGCAAUAAUAAUCUCAUGCCACCGUCUGUAUCACCAAAACAGCUUAGUCCCAGCCCACAAUACAGUCCAUACCAUACGGACAAUGAAAACGAUGACGCAGAUCCACCCCAAUCGCAAACCUCACCGGUACCGGCACGGUACAAAAUUCGUAGACAAUCAACACUACCUUGUAGACCAAAUGAAAACCAUGAAGUAGGACCCAAGCUAUUGGCCACUUCGCCAAACAGUAGAACUAACCUGUACUGUCGAUCACCGGAUAAAUCCGACAGUGAUCCACCCCCAAGAUAUCCACCGUUUGUACGUCAAUCAACUUUUCCAUCCAAUACCAGUGAUCCAUUUUUACUGCAAAUUCAGGCUCAUUCACAGCAACAACCACAACAGCCACCACUACCACCUGGCCAACAGCGCCAAUUGCCCACCUCACCCAAUCGGAUGUUAUUCAGUAAAUCCCCCGACAGUGGUGCCGAAUCGGCUGGUGACGGUGGAAACUCCGGCAACUCGUCGAUACCCCGCCGUUUUCAGAUGACCAGGCAAGCCACACUACCUAAUCCCGAACAGCACGUGAAAUUGCUUCCUACAUCCCCUCCCAAAAAACAGCUAUCACCGCACAGUAUUAAACGCUCACCAGAGUUUGCACGUCAAAGCACUCUCCCGGCACCAGAUAGUAUGAACUCGCUCUCGGUUCAUCAGCACGGACCAAAAUUCAUGCCUAUCUCACCAAGACAAAAGCAAUCUUUUUUAUUUCCACAACCAGCACCAGCACCACGUCCUUUUCUUUCACAACAGCAUUUCCCAACGAUAGCCGAUGAGCUAUCUACGACACCCCAGCAAAACCCAAGCACUCCGAGUGGUAGUGUUGGUGGCCCCGUCGGAACCGGUGGUCCACAUCACUCUUCCAAGAUGAUAAAAGUUCGUAGUCAUAGUAACGAAGAGUAUAGUCUCAAUAGAGGGCCCCAUGCGCCCCCUAUUGGAGCAGGGGUACCAAGUGAAGGACGCAGGCUGCUGCCAGAAAUACCGAGCAAUCGCUCACCAAGACUGAAAACUUUUGCUGAAGCGAAACAAGCGAUGAUGGACGAUUAUGACCUAACGAACGACUCGACUACGCAGUUGAAUUUCGACGAAGAUGAGGAAGCUAGCUACUACAAUAACGAGGAAACCUACGACACUUACAACGUGGAUCGGAGAUUACGCUCUGGCAUGACACCGGCCAGUACGAUCAAGAGUGCCGAAAGUUUCCUGAAUGAUUCCAGUCCAGAGUAUUACUAUCCAGACGAUUAUCUGAAGCAGGGAAAUAAGAAGGAGAGCCGCCUACGUCGACGAAAAUCUCGGGAUCUUCCAAUAGAACAGGUGGCAUCUUCCAACGAGGAUGAACCAGUUAAGCGAAAACCGGAAACGAUGCGUUCCAUCUCGGAGGAGUCGCCAGGAAACAAAUCGAUCAAAAUCACACCCCGUCGUUCGUUGUCUCAUCCGGAGAAAGAUACCCAGCAAAUACAAAGUUCACGCAAAAUAGAAAUCUCAAAGAUUCCAUCGCCGCGUCCACUAGCGGAGAUUCUGGCGCGAGCGCAGAAAUCAAUCAAACUACCGUCACCCCGUCGCAAAGCAUUCAAAUCGAUGGAUCAGGCAUGUGAAUCUGACCUGGUUGGAAUAUAUCAACAGGUGAACUCGUCAUCAGUUGUGGCAACGGAUACGGGUACAUCGAUAACAGCAACAUCCGGCAGCAUCGGCAGUACAGGUGCAAUUACACGACCUGGACCACGCAAGAUUUCUGCCUUCCAACAGAUACUACAGAAUCAACGGUUGCAGAAACGAGAUUCCAAAAGUUUAGAUAUUGUGGCGUCUAAAUUGAUGGAAGAAAAGUAUGGUGGUUAUCCAGAGGCUGAUGAGGACAAAUCCAAAUCGCUAGACGAUGGGAUUUUCAGUGGUGACAAGAACAGCGAUGACAACAGUAGUGAUGAGCAGAUCAACUUAAUUCAUAAGAGGCAUAAAACGCAUUUAGGCGAACAGGAGAUUCAAAGCGCUGUAGAAGCCGCUGCUGUUCUUUUCAAGAAGGUUGUCCUCCAGCGGAGAGAAGAGAAACGCACCAAAGACGAAGGCGACUACUGCGUCCAUCGUCGACACCAUAAGCUACCCUUGCUGUACCAAAACAGCCCAGGAACUACGCGAAGACAGUUGUUGUACGACGAUCCGACUGCAGGUUCAUCGUCUUCAGAACCAGACAGCAAUCUGGCUAAGCUGCCUUUCACCGACUGUGAUGACUACCGGUUGGUGUUCAUCAGUUCGGACUCGUCCAGCAAGGAAGAGGAAUGUGAUAGCAGCUCCACAACUUCAUCCGCUUACACACGGCACAGCAUAGCUUUGGACGAUUGUGAUUGGGAUUAUUUUGAGCCAGGAAUAAGCACGACGACAAAAACGCUGCUAUAUGACAUUACAACAACUAGCCAGGCUCAUAGGAACACGCCCCGGAAGAGAUCCCUCCUACAGUCCUCCCCACUAACAUCCCCGAUGCUGUACAGAAGGCAGCGCAGUGGUUCAUUCUACUCGGGCAACCCAACAUAUGAUAAUGGCACGGAUGAUGAAUUUUUAACCCACACUGAAUCCUCUUCUUCGCCCACUAGGAGCGAAGGAUUUUUGGAACAUUUCGAAGAAUAUCGCAAUCUCGAGAAGUUGAAAUCAGAUAUAUGCAAGUGUGACUGCGGUUUCAAAACCCAUUUCGUACCAAUCCCGGUUCCCGUUCCCAUUCCUGUGCCAAUAUCAACAUUUCACAGUUGGUCUCACAAGGAGCAAUUGGAAACAAUGCUAAAAGAUCAAAGUCAGAACGAAUUAAUCAGACAACUCUGGAGAAACUGUAGUGAGAGCGCACUUUUCGAAUUUAAGCCUAAUAACGGAAACUGUAUGCAUUCACCAUUAUGCUGCCAGCAUCGUCAAAAGGGAAUGAAGAAACCUAAAAUUACCGCCGAUAGCCAGGAAAUGGACCAACCGAGUUCUGACCAGAGAGAAACAAAUGAUUCGACGAUAAACCAAUCUGAACAACAGCAGACUUUUGUAGGCCGGAAUGUUGAGAGAAAGAAACAUGGUAAUGGAAAUAGCAAUAAUAAUAACAUCAAUAAUGCGAGUAGUUGUGCUAGUGUGGAUGUUUCUCUGGUCCAAAAGUUGUUUCGCAACAGCGAUUUCCCUAACAGCCCCAGUGCGAGUAAAAGUAAAAUUGAUCCAUUGACUAGUACCGAACUGACCGCUGAAGUCAUCGCUAGUCUGAGACAGGGUGCUCCUUCACUAUCAUGUGGCAAUGAUCUUACCACACACGGUAGAGACGAUAAAGAUUUAAAACCCACGGCAGCGACAACGACGACGACGACAACGGUGGCGGCUGCGAUCAACCCCCACAAAAUAGCUUUCGGCAGUGAAAAUUCGCUGACCUCUACCGGAGCACAAGAACAGAGCUUUAGUAGUAGUAGCAGCAGUAGUGGCGAUGAGAAAUUAUGUGAAAAGCAUAAACCUAACAAAAGAAACCCUACAGUGCACCAUCGUCGUAGUCACGAAGCCAUUAAAAAUGAACAGCCACUUGUGACCGUGCAAGUGCAAAAACCUGUAACGAGACAGUGUGGUGUGAGUGAAUCAGUAAUAACUGUACAACGACGUGAAAAAGAAAAACAACAACCACAGCAACAAAUAAGUGAGGAAGACAACAGCAUAAAUGAAGAAUUAGUGAACCAGUUGAGCGGCGGUGGUAAUGCAACAGCAUCGUGUAAUACGUACAAUGACAUCGCGAAUAGCGUACUCUUGUGCCGCACGGCGAUAUUAGUGACCAAAACGAGUGAAGCAAAAAGGGGAAACUAUGCUGAAAUUUCAAGUGGCGAAGUUAGUUGUAAGCAAAACACUUGCAAUGAGGUGACGUGUGAUGAUAGUACUUAUCAGUUACUCGAUAACGACAGUAUGAUAACAGUUGAAAAGGGCAUCGAUGCGGAUUCACCUGCAACACCGGGCGAACUGACAGGUUACCUGUUAUCCGAAAGUCAUUUCAGUUCGUCGCAAUCAUCUGUGGCCAGCAACGAGGACGUGGACAUGACCGAUAAUCAUCUGCCCCGAUCCGUUCAGCGUAACUAUGAUGUCACUAGUGAGCCAAUUUUGCUGAAAGUGAAAGGUCUGCCCGCUAGUGGCGAAGAUACGGAUUCUACGACGUCGUACAGUUCAUCGAACGACACGGAUACCGAUGACACCGGGACAAUAGCAGAUCGAAGACCCGCUGGUGCGAAAAAGUUUUUUCAAGUGAUGGUGGUUAAUACGGAUUCCGAAAGAGAAUCGAGUGAUUCGGACAUUUCAAGCAGUACUUCUUCGAAUUGUCUGAAUCAGGAUGCAAGUUCCAAUUCAAAAGUUUCCUCCAACUCGAUCGGGGAUAGUGGGAUUAUUUUGAAACACAUACGACGAGUUGAUUUAGAAGACGAGAAACUAAGCGAUUUCAAGGAGCAGAUUUCAACCGAAGACCAGAGAAAGGUAGAACCGAAUACAGUUAAGGCGAAUGUGAUUAAGAAAAUAGAGUUGGAAGGAUCAAUUCCGUACGAAAUUUGCGAAAGUACCAGUACUGGAAACAUUGAUUGGGCAAAAGCUUCUAUGCCAACAAGUAGUGAAAGCUCCGACAGUGUGAGUACCUCAAAUACAAAGCAAGAGUGCUUACGCGAGGAAAACAUAGAAUCACCCAAACAGGUAGCCACGCACUACAAACACCAUUCGGAGCAUGCGGAGUUACCUCCGAACACAAAUACUAACGAGCAAUGUAGUGCAAAUGAAAACAAACACAGCGUGCCGUGUACAGGUGAGCAACUGCAGCAAAGCAUAGAGGAAGAAGCGAAUUCACCAUCACCACCACCGAUGCCAACUGUCCACGAUCAUAUCGUAAACACGAAACCAGCUUCAGUUGUAAACGAACGAUCGUCCAACGCGGAUGUAAAUAACUCUUAUGUAGCAGCGACCCAUGCUGCCAACAAUCGCUACAAGAGUUUAGUUUUGAUUGGCCCCGACAACGGUACGACUUCAAUGGCAACCGAAUCGCCUGUGCCGUCAUUGACGAUUGGUGGUGUUGAGCAACAGCGCGUUGCAAAUAAUCCGCCUCACGUGAGUAUCGUCACGAGUCACACCACCCGUAUUGUGAGUAGCAGCGAUGAUGAUGAUCAACAACAACAGCAGCAGCAGCAUCCAUCAACUUCGAUCACCGUUAAACACACCAAUUGGAUCUCGAAGGCAAUGCAGGAGGACGAUGAAGAUAAUUAUGGUGAUGAUAUGUUGCCAGCAGACGACGAACCCGAUCGAUCGAUCGAUCGCGGUUUAGCGGAUUACUUUAAUUUUUCAUUGGAGCAGGCAUCACCUCAAACGAACAGACGACCCGUGAAAAUCACAACGAACGAAAGUGCAAUAACUAGUGUAGUGUCAGACAGUGACGGGAGUGUAUGUGUUAAUAUUCAACAGAGCAAUAGUGAUGGUGAUGAGGGGCUGAAUGAAGGCAAUCUGUUAGAUGCUGUCCCGAUUAGUGAAAGUGUUUCAAUGAUCACAGAUAGUGUUAUGGUGGCCGAGUGUAGUAGUGGGAGAUCUAGCAGUAACAGCAACAGUAGUGGUAGUCUUAAUAACAGUAACAAGAAUGGCGAUGUAACGGUUGUGACAGGUGCGAAUACACUGUCGGCAGUAAUUUGUUUGGAAGAUGGUUUAGCAGACGAUGAUUCGUGGGUGGAAGAAGCAAGUCAUGACGAGGAAGAAUUCGCGACUACGACCGCCACUGAAUCGGAUAUGGACGAUUCGGGUGAAGAGAUUUCGCUGGGUGUAGAUCGUGAAGAAGAAUUGCGCGGUUAUAAUCGUGCCGCGAUCGAUUUCACACUUCAUACAAUUGUGGAAGAGAGUUGCGAAGACAGCGAGGCAGAAUCAAAUCGCAAAUCGGAAGCCAAACGAACAAAUAGAUUUUCAGCUUCUGAGUUAGAGAAAUACUUCUUCUAUGGUCUAGCGGAUGGCGCAUCAGGGUCUAUUCCACAGAACUUCCGAGACGAUAGUAUUUCCGAAAGUAGUUCUGUUUGUAGUGAGGGUUUAGAUUCACUUGGGGGUGCCGAAGAAUCACUCGGUACAUCUGUGGAAUCCGCUGAUCUUGCAUCAUCUCGAUUGGAAAAAUAUUUUCUUACUGGAUUUAUGGGUUUUACAUCAGAACGUAAUGAGUCCGAUGGUAGUGGAAGUGUCGGAAGUGACAGUGAAGGUCACCCAAGUCCUGAACAGCGCAGAAAACGACUGGUUCGAGCCAGAGGGGCAGGUAGAUCUCAGAGUUCUUCGCUUGAUAAUUUACUAGCAAAAGAUGCCGAGAUUGAACAACAACAAGGUGAGGGUCACGAAUGUCCCGACUCAUCCGAAACGGACACCUGCGACGAGUCGACCAAUCAAAUGGAUAAAAAUGAAAAUGUAUACGACACUGCAAAGCGGAAAAAGAAGUUUUCCAAAAAGACAGAUAGCGAUGACUUAAAGAAGUACGUUGAAAUGCAACAACUGCCGUUGCCCUACAAAUCUGAUAAAGAUGGUUCUGAGGAAGAUUGUAGGACGACGCCUCAGCCUGAUCUACCACUGGCGAAUUCGUUAUCGGAGAGCAAAAAGCAGAACAGCCGGGACAGUGGUUUCAUUGGAAGCAAUGACGAUCUGCUGAAGGACAGUGAGGCAGUCAGAUCCCCGGAACUCAAAUUAGAACUUGAGGAAAUUCAAGAAGAAAAUAAAACUGAUCUCAAAGAAGAAAGCAGUUCCUAUAAGACACCUGCUAGUGGACCUCCUCCGGUUAAUCUAGUUCGGAAGGACAGUUUUAAUAAUUGGAGUUCGGAUGAAGAAACUAAUCUUAUGAUGUCCAAAAUGAGACAAUUCUUCAAGACGCUUGUCGCUGCUUCGGCAAACAGUAAAGCGGCAUCCAGGAAUUCCACUCCUACUGUCAGUGAGCCAAAUACUCCGAAACAUGGAACGCCAGUGCCAAAAGCUCGUAACCGAAGCAAACCACCACAGUUGGUGUAUUUUGAGAACGAGUUAACUAGACUGAUGAAAACUGUUCCAGGAAUCAGGGAUGAGCAGGUGCGAGAAAUAGUCGAAUAUCUCAGUAGUGAAGAUACGUGGUCGGAUUCGUACGAUUCGUCUGAUUACACGAGCUCGGAUUUAGAGGGAGCUGUAUCGCAAAAAUCGAGUCUACAAGCACAGAUUUCAGCUAGUUGCCAGCAGAUAAUCAAUAAGUUUGACAUACUGGAGAAGGAUAAAGAAGGUGACAUUGGCGAUGGCGGACUGAUCGAAGAGCCUCAUGCAUUGAACAAGGAAACCGCAUUCGUAUAUCAUCGGCUAGUAGCAUCGCUAUCUAAAAUGACGAAAGACGAAGAAAAACCAGCAAGUGUGACCAACUCGCCCCCACUGAUCGCCAAAGUGAUGCAUCACAUUGGAAGUCGGCUAGUAGCACUGAUGCACGAAGUUAGCAGCGGAGAAUCGCAUACAAGUGCAUCGCCCAAAUCUGCUAGUAUACGAUAUCAUCAACGAAAGGUGCAACCGAAUAUAUCUCUCGAUCGGUGA